GGGGGCGGCAGGACGGCGGGACUGGAAAGCUGAGCGCGGCCCCGCCCCGGCGGGCGGCUGGAAAAGUUUGCUCCCAGCCAGGCGGGGGCAGAGGCUUGAGGAAGCCGGUGUGGGAGGAACCCGGCGCCAAGCGCGGUGGCAGGACGAAUUCGAGCGAGAGACUCUCCGGCCCGGAAACGUUGCCCCCCAUCCCCGAACCCCAAGACUUACCCCGGCGUCCCAGCCCAGCUAGCAUCUGAGCGGAGGAAGGGUGCCAGGAUGCCGGUGGCCCAAGAGCCUUUCUCGGACCGAGGAGCCGGGUCUCAACACCUUCGCUGGGAUCUGGCCUGGAUCACUGUUGCAGCCUGAGCCGCAGUUUUUGUUUUCCCUGGAAAUGGACGGUCCGAGGGCGCCCUCUGGUGGAUUCUGGAGCUAACUGCGGGUACAUUCCAAGGGAUGGCCGUGGUUCUCACAUCCAGCGCCAGACCCUACACCUCCAACGAGACCCUGCAUGAACAUUACAACUACGUCGGCAAACUUGAGGGCCGGCUGAAGGAUGCCCCCGAGGGCAGCACGCUCACCACCGUGCUGUUCUUGAUCAUCUGCAGCUUCAUUGUCCUGGAGAACCUGAUGGUUUUGAUUGCCAUCUGGAAAAACAAUAAAUUUCACAACCGCAUGUACUUUUUCAUUGGCAACCUGGCUCUCUGCGACCUGCUGGCUGGCAUAGCUUACAAGGUCAACAUCCUGAUGUCCGGCAAGAAGACGCUGAGCCUGUCUCUGACGGUGUGGUUCCUAAGGGAAGGCAGCAUGUUCGUGGCCCUUGGGGCAUCCACCUGCAGCCUGCUGGCCAUUGCGAUCGAGCGGCACUUGACCAUGAUCAAAAUGAGGCCUUACGACGCCAACAAGAAACACCGCGUCUUUCUUCUGAUCGGGAUGUGCUGGCUCAUCGCGUUCUCGCUGGGCGCCUUGCCCAUCCUGGGCUGGAAUUGCCUGCACAACCUCCCCGACUGCUCCACCAUCCUGCCGCUCUACUCCAAGAGGUACAUCGCGUUCUGCGUCAGCAUCUUCACGGCCAUCCUGGUGGCCAUCGUGAUCCUGUACGCACGCAUCUACUUCCUGGUGAAGUCCAGCAGCCGCAGGGUGGCCAGCCCGCACAACUCGGAGCGGUCCAUGGCCCUGCUGCGGACCGUGGUGAUCGUGGUGAGCGUCUUCAUCGCCUGCUGGUCCCCGCUCUUCAUCCUCUUCCUCGUGGACGUGGCCUGCAAGGUGAAGGAGUGUGCCAUCCUGUUCAAGGCCCAGUGGUUCAUCGUGCUGGCCGUGCUCAACUCCGCCAUGAACCCUGUCAUCUACACACUGGCCAGCAAGGAGAUGCGACGGGCCUUCUUCCGGCUGGUCUGCACCUGCCUGGUCAGGGGCCGGGCCGCACGCUCCUUGCCCAGCCAGCCUGCGCUUGAUCCUAGCAGAAGCAAAUCCAGCGGCAGCAACAACAGCAGCCCCUCCCCAAAGAGCAAGGAAGACCCCCAGAUGGCUGCCUCACCCUGCAUAACCGACAGGAACAAAACCCUGCAGAACGGGAUCUUCUGCAAGUGAGGGCGCCAGCCUCGAGGAACAGGGGAUCCUUGCAUCUCCACAGCGGGCGCAGCAGCCAGCCCUGCAGCCUUAUUGAUUAAUUGCGUGCCUCACCCAUGGGGGCUUUUCCAGAGCUGGGACUCAGGAAAUCUAUUCCGCCAACAGCCUGCCUGGUGUGAACGUCUCUUCAGGAGGCGACCUGACCAAUCACCAACCCAUGUCAGUCUAGACGAGAGUGCCUGAUCCAUUUAGGCUCCAGGGUCUUCUGAAUGUACCAAGCUGCUGAUGUCAUCAGCCACCCUCCCCAGAAUCCCACCGGCCACUGUCCACUGUGCCUGGAGAGGGAGGCUCGUGGACCACACAGCGUACAAGGUGUUUCCCAGAACAUCUGGAUGGUGUUUGGUAACUUUACACUACAUUGACUAUGCACGGAAUGGAUGCUCUCUGUUCAUCAUUUCUGUGUUACAGAGCACUUGUCUUUCAAAUGUCUGCCAUUGGUCCAUGCAUAAGCUUCAGUAUAUGGUCCAGUCAUGUAACAGGGAGAACACGUAUGUUCUGACUGAACCACCAGGUGUAAUUAUAUGCUGGGCACUAGGUGGACAUGCUGGUCCUAGUCUCCUUAAACUAACAGGAAGUCUCAAGUUAAGCAGGUUUUGCAAAGCCCAGGGGCCCCCCUCCGCCCCCCCGACCCCCCAAGAGCUUGUUUAGGGCUGGUCUCAGAUGUGUGAGCCUGACCCCAAACUGUCCUGGGACUUGCCCUUGACUUUGUCUGGAGGCUGCUGGUGAGAACAAGUACAUUCUGCAGGCAUAUGUCCCCCAAGGGGACCCCUGCUUCGCUUCUGUCAUAUGUCUCUGCAGAGUCUUAAGAACAUCCAGAAGCCAAAUUAGCCAUGUUAUGGAAUUGUUUGGGGUUUCUCCAAAUCACAGAAAAGCCAGCCAAGUAUUUGAGGAGCCUGACCCCAGCCCAAGCAAAAAAAAAAAAAAAAAAAAAAAAAAAAACCCAUGAGGGAGAAGCAGAGGACAGGCCUCUGGCCCAUUUCACCUUUCCAGGAGGAAGGGGAGUUUCUGUCUGAUUAGAGUUGAGUUGGAAGCUGUAUCAGAAAAGUGCCAAGUCAGUCGCCCCCUGUGCUGUCACAGCUGAGCAGCUGGGCCCCGUCCGCAGUCUCAGAUUCCCGAAAGCUGACCCUGACAGUGACCGUGAGGGCAGUUAAAUCGUCAUCCGGUGGUUUGUGCUUUCUUUAAAGAAAUGUAGUAAUUCUGUAAUCUUCCUCUUGAACACAGGUUGACCCCCUGUUACCUUCUGAAGGGAUUCCUUAGAAGGCGUUUUUGUGCACAGUCAUCCCUAAGUAUUCUUCAUGCAGCACAAAUGGAUGAAAAAUAUACAAAUUUGCAAAGCUAUCAUAAGCAUAUAGUUGAUGUGCUGAGUUCUUUUUUUUUAAAGCAACCUUCAGAAGGAUUCUUCCGUGGGUAAACCUCCCAUCAGAACCCCUGAAGUUUUUAGCUUCAGUGGGAAUUUUAGUAAAGACUAGGAGAGAAGUCUUAAUACAUGAAUAACUUUUCAAAGAGAAAGUGACUCCUCUUUGUUAUCUGAUGCAAGUUCUCUUCAUUUAGAAGCAUUUCUCUGGGUCCUGGGCGAUCAGAUACCAAUUGACAUCUUCCUUAAUUUUUGUUACUAGUGAGACAAAUCCUAUGUAUAAGGAGAGGCUCAUCAGCAACAUUUUUGUUGCCUUCAUUAAAUCACUGAAAAGGAGCUUAUUUUCUUGUCAAAUAGUAUGAGAAAACCCAGGCCAUUUCUAGAAGAGGUAAGCAUUAAGGUACCGGGUUAAGAAAAUGACAAGAAAAAAGCUGCCUCAAAAAGCCAAAACAUCGGGUAUUGCAUUUUCUCUUCGGUAAUGGAAUGGCUUGAGAACUUUUUAGUUCUGACUUGCUUUGGGAAAUGUGGACCUUGGCACUGAUAACAAUAACACUUUGCACAAUAACCCCAACUUUUUUUGAAACCUGAAUGAAAAAUACGCCAAAAAAGAAACUGUGUCUGUUUGAUAUGUGUUUAAAAAAAUAAUCAAAUUUAGUACCAAGGUGUCCAUCCGUAACUGGCUACCUGGACAUCGUUUAGACGUUGAAUGCAUCAAAGCCACAGAGAACCUGUGCGUUAGAUCUCGUUCGGUUAGUAACCUUUACCGUGUCCCGUGUAUGUUUGUUAAAGAAAAAUAAAGCCGAGAGCCUUUGUAUAAAUUUGUUGUUGGGAGUCCACAUUGGGGGCUGUCUUCACCCUUGAUGAUAUGCAGAAUGGCAGCAUGACCUCUCGGCUGGUGCUGGUGUUUCUGCAGGAAUUAAAGCACUCUUGGAGCUCCGAUAACUUUUCCCUUACACAUCCCACUAGCACGGCUGGUGUUUCAGGAAACUCUGGGGUAUUGGAUGCUGCCAGUUUGGGUGGGGGAAGGAAGGGCAUGCUUUUGAUGGUGAGAAAGAAGUCACGGCAGGCAAAGUACAGCCAAAAGAGAUGAGACAUUUGGUUCUGCUGCCUUAGCUGUAAUUGAAGCUAUAGGAGAGACUAGGUCAGAACCAGCCUUUUCUGUGGCUUUCUCCGGUACAGGCGCUAAUUUUUCACCUCUCCACACUACAUUCUACAUAGGAAGAAGCCACUGUUUGGCGCAACGAGUUGGUGGUGACAUUCAUGAAGAAAUCUGCCCAGCUCAGCCAAGAGCUAGAGCCUUCAGCCACCUUUAAUGCUGCCCAAGGCUGAGUGGGCAAAGGUUAACAAAAGUCCCACCAGGACUCUUUUUGCCAAGCUGCCAUUUUCAUUCCGCACCUUCAGUGUCCCAGGCAGAGCUUGUAUUUUAAGAAGCCUCUUGGGGCAUAAUUGAGAAUAUCUGCUUUCUGUAGAAAGGUUUCAGGCUCCCUUCCCCUCCUUUUUGAGGCAAGACAAGAUCCACCAUCUGAAUGAGAGACUUUUCACAAUAUUCUUUAUUGCCCACAGACUCACAUUGACAGUCAUGUAACAUCAGACUACUUAGAGAACAGUUUCUCUCCCCCUUGACCCACAGUUAUUCUGCACUGGUAAGGAGCCUUUCACAGAAAUGUAACAAGGUGUACAGUAUAGAAAACUUCUAAUUAAAUUACCAAGUCCAUGCUUUUAAAUGGUAUCUACGAGUGCAAAACCUCAACACCCAAAUGUUUUUAGUAUCUAAUUCAAAUAUCAAAGGGUUUGCUACAUACUCAGAAAUGCACACACCACUAUUCUGAAAAUGAAGGCACAUUUUCCGAUAACCAGUGAUAAGGAGAAGUGCAGCAUUGCCUAAGUGAGCGUGACAACCCUGCUCCUGGGCCACUGUGAUGGCGCAUAGGACGCCAUCCAAUGUGUGGCGCCCCCAGCUGGCUGCCCUAGAAGCACAGGGAUGUGCCUGGUGGGACACCAGGGCUCACGAUUGGAAACCACAUCAUUUACUGAAGAGUGAAGUGGAUUCAUCGACGGCGAGGAGGGAACUUAAGCCAAUUCUCUUUACCCCUUGUGUUGGCAACGCUCCCAAAUGUUGGCCACACAAUUUAGGUUUUAUUAUUUUUCCUGUGACAGAGAUUAGAAAACUUGACAUUGGUUUUGUAUUUCCACUCCUCCAGAAAGUCCAAAUGCCAGUUCUGUUCCUGCAUCAACAUGGAAAGUAGUUAAUUGGUAAUAAACCCAGACAGAGACUUUUACAUUCUUUUUUGUUUCACAAAAGUUAGUGGAAAACAAAACAGAACAAAAUUUUUCAAAUAUUUAUCAAUAUGUAUAAUUUGCCAUCCAAAUGCUUUUUAGAAAGUUGUAUCUCAUUAUUACACAUCAAAUUUACACGGAGUUCUCUCCUAAUCCUUGAAUUUAAACAUCAAAUUUUCAUUCUUAUUUAAUUCUGGAUACAAAGAAACAUUCAUGUACUUCAUUUUACAAUAUUUAUUCUGGAACAAGUGAUACUCAAAAGUCAAAAGAACAGAGAACAUUCCACUUGCAACCAACACAUAGUUGUUACCAAAAAAGUUAAUUCAGUGUUCAAAAAUGGAUGUGCCCGUGGAUUUCUGCUUUAACUGUCGCUUGAGUCAUUGGAUAGAAACUUUGGUUGUGAUAAAUAUUUCCCAGACGUGUAUGAAUUCGUCACCUCAAACACCCAAUGCCACGACAUGUUUCCCCCGUGUGCCUAUUUUUCUGUCUACAACAUUUCAAAGUGAAACAGCAAAGGAGAAACUUGUAUGAGAUUUCACCUCCAGAGCUUUCUCAACGAGAAUGGCUCUUCCACCUCUCAGGAGGGAGCCACGUGUCUGGGCCUAAGGGAGUCAUUGUUGUGGGCAUCUGCCGAUGCUGGAAGGAGGUGAGAAUGAGAAGGGACCCGCCUCAGCUCCGCCUCCAGCAUCCUCCCUAACGCCAAUCACUGUUCAGGCACAUGCGCACGAGGGAGGCCCCGCCCUCUCCUGGGCGGUCCAUGCCUUGCCUGCUUGUCCUCACCCUCCCCAUGCCAACUGCCCCCCGGUUUGCAAAACCUUCAGAUUCCCUUAGACCCACCCAGGAGCUCUGCCCUCCAGGGUCCUAUUGAAUUUGGUCCUACCAGCCAUCAGACUUGUCACCUUCCACACCGUGUGUGUGUGUCUGUGUUCAUUUCCUAUUGGGUUAUAACCUUGGGCAGGCAGAACAUUUGCACACGCACAGGAGCCCUGCACAGUGCCUGCCUCACGUGAACUAACCUAAGACGAGGCCAAGAGAAGGCUGGGCAGAAAAGCCAACAAGCCAUGUGGAAGACAACACUGGGCCCCCAGCACACCUGCAGCGGCAUCCGCCCCCCGCCCCCAUACCUGCCCUGCUUCUUUAUACAUUGCUGGAUACACACAGGACGUAGGUCCAGACUUGCUGCCCCCAUCCCCACUCCCGCUUCUUCUUCCUUUUUCCACCCCUGUCUUCCCAAACUCUCCUUUCCUGUCUUCCCCCACUAGCUUCUGUUCCCUUGUGUCCCUUUGUCACUUCCCACAGUGGCUCCCCUCGUGUCUUGUUCCUGCAGCAUCCAGGACCCUCCUCCCUGUGUCUGAGGAUGGCAGGACAUGUCAGUCUCCAAACUCUCAGCAUUAAUAACUUUCUAGUUAUCCUUGUUAGUUAAAAAACUAAAAUCCAGGGAGGAAUCCUGGGGUGCAAAUCGCCCAGGCAACCCACCUGUGCACACACGGACAGAGAUGCGCAGCUGUUGUAAUCAGCAUAGGUAUAUGCAUGUGUAUAUACGUAUAUACAUACAGAGACGCACAGCCAUCGUAGUCAGUAGGUAUAUGUGUGUGUGAGUGUGUAUAUACAUGUGCGGUUGAUAUUCACAAGUCCUGGUAUAAAGUUGCAAUUUUUCUGGCUGCUAUAAAAUGUGCCAGUUUCAAAACUGUGUGUUUGUUUCUUGCAAACUUAUAAAUAUGUAUAAACCCCAUUAUAAAUAAAUUGUGGCUGGCAGAUGGCAUUUUAUCUGCCAGCAAUGAUUGCA